CAAACUUUACUGAGAUUCGGAUCCGUUUGUGAAAAGUUCUGUCCGAGUGGAACCGGAGAGAAGCAGAAGCACCGGGGCGGAGCGGCGAGCGCGGCCGGGGAGAGGCGCUUUUCUCCGGGACAUUUUAACCGUUUCGUCCCGGAGCUAACCGAGCUAAACUCACUUUAUUUCACCGUUUCACACUUUUACCUCACAUUUUCUGGUGUAAAACUGUGGAGUGCAGAUGUCGGAGCGGGAGGCUCCGUGGGAGUGCGAGGCGGACGUGUCUGUGAGCUUCCCCCGCUCCGGGCUCUGGUCCCCGGGGCUCGGGUCCCCGGAGCUGCUGCACAUUUACCCCGGACUCCUGGCGCUUUCCUCGGCGUGCGGAGUCCUGACGGGCGCCCUGACCGCGGCUCUGCUGCUGCGGGUCUGUGUGCAGCACUUUAUCCUCCACAGACAGGGUCCACGCCUCCUGGAGCCAGAGGAGCCGGAAGAGCCAGAGGAGCCAAAGGAGCCAGAACCCCAGAGGAGUGACCAGGGGCGGGGCCAGGGGCGGAGCCAGGGGGCAGAGUGUCCCCACGUGUCCUCACACGUGUCCUCACACGUGUCCCCACACGCUCCAGUGAACAGCAACAUUGCUGCGUUUGCCUCCAGAGCCAGAGUGGUUUACCCUAUCAGCCAAAAGUACAGACCUUUAGCAGACGGAGCUUCAAACCCGUCCCUCCAUGAAACCGGAUUGUCCCCUCACCCCACAGCCCCGCCCCCCGGCUCCUCCCCCUCCCCCUCCUGCUCUGAUGAUGACGAUGACGAUGACGAAGACGACGACGGCGAGGGGCAGAACGGAGGCGGCCAUUUUAUGUGUUCAGCGCCUCAGAGAGUGUUCAGGUUCACUCCUGUGUCCAGUCCUCUGCUCGCCCUCACGCAGAGCGGGUGUGCGUUGCGCGUCAGUGUGUAUUUCUGGGCUCUGGCUGAAGUGCGUCAGUUGUGUUUGGAGCAGCAGGAGGAACGAGCUCAGGUUUUGUCUCAGAUUGUGAAGCAGGUUUCUGGGGGUUUGGAGUCGGACGUUUACACGGAGCUGCUGCAGAGACACACACAGGAACUGAACGAGUGGAACCAGCCCCUCCCCUCUUGCUCUGACCUGACCUCUGACCCCACCCGUGACCUUGAGGACAGAGGGGGCGGAGUCACGGUGGAGGAGGUGGAGCGAUGGCAGAAGGAGAUGUUUCAGCAGCAGCUUCAGCAGUGCCAGAGCUUCAGUGAGCAGCUUGAGUGUUUCUCUCAACGUCUCUCAGUUUCCUCAGCGUUUUCUCCUGAAGCUCCUCAGAUCCUCAGUUCCAUCCACAAGAGCCUCUUUCAUCUGGAGAAACAUCUGCAGAGUCACCAGGAGACCAGACUCACGGUACUGCUCCUCCUCUGA